CGAGGCGCAUAUGGCCGCUCAGUGGUGGUGAAAAUUCGGUGGAAUUUGUGAUUGCGAAUUUUCGCGAAAUUGCCAUUCGAAAAGUCGCCAAGCGAAGGUCGAUUUACGUCUCAAAUAGUGGCGAGUCCACUAGGCAAGCGUAACUCACUUCGUCCGCGCUCAUUCGAAUGUUUCUACCCGUUCAAUUUUGUGAACAAUUCGCGAGUGAAUUUCGUGCAUCCUGCUCGUUCAAAAAGAAAAUUGAGUCACUUCAGCACAUCUCCUGACUGAUUUUUGGGAUCCAGUCACCGAAAACUUCCAUCAUUCCGCCAAUAACCGAGUGCCGGCCCGCAGGGUGGCGAUCAUUUGACAAGGGUUCUAUCUGCGAUAGACUGGUAGGCCAGUCUGUUGUAGGAUCUCUAAGCAACAGCGGCAACUGGAAGUUGGCCCUGAACGCAGAGCCUCCGUGGCUUUGCUAGCACCCCCAACCGAUUCGUUGUUUUAACCCGCCUCCUCACGACUCUCGCAAUUCUCACUGACAGCUGCCUCUUUGCUGCCUAGCUUCUACAGAGUUUUUAUUUGAAAUUAAAGUAAGUACCCCAAUCAGCCAAGUCUCAUCAUGAAGGUAACAAAUUUGGAUGAGCGCAUCCACGUGCUGGACAAUGCGUCUAGCCCAAUGACCGUCAUCCGGGACAUCGCCAUGAGCGGUGUCCAGGAGGAAGCCUUCUACGUCCUCGACAUUGGAGACAUUGUGCAGAAAUAUCAAAUCUGGAAGGAAAAAUUGCCCCGUGUUGAUCCAUAUUAUGCAGUCAAAUGUAACGACAAUCUGACCGUGUUGGAAGUACUUGCCGCUCUUGGCACUGGCUUUGAUUGUGCUUCGAAGACCGAAAUCAACAAAGUUCUCAGUUUGGGCGUCAAUACUUCAAGAAUUAUUUUCGCUAACCCUGCCAAGCCUGCUUCGCACAUUCGUCAUGCUAAUGCCGUUGGUGUCAGUACGAUGACAGUUGACAACGAGAGCGAACUCCAUAAGAUCAAGGCUUUCCAUCCUCAUGCCAAGGUCGUGAUUCGCAUUCGUUGCGACGCCGAGGUUUCCCAGUGUCCACUGGGCAUUAAAUUCGGCUGCGAUCCAACAACCGAAGCCCCGAAUCUUCUCAAUCUCUCGCGAAUGUUGGACCUCGACGUUGUGGGAGUGAGCUUCCAUGUGGGCUCCGGAUGUCAGGAUCCGCCCGUAUUUUUGCGCGCAAUUCGCCACGCAAGGGAACUUUUUGAUUUGGCUCAGGAAAUCGGCUACAAGCCCUAUUUGCUUGACAUUGGCGGUGGCUAUCCGGGAAACAAGGACACGAGCAUCGACAAAAUUGCCGAAGUUGUUAAUCACGCCCUGGACGAAUACUUUAACAAUGGCGAUGUGCAAAUUAUCGCUGAACCUGGACGGUUUUUCGUGGCCUCUGCAUUCACGCUCGCAACUAGUAUUCACAGCAAGCGUUCAGUUCGAGGAGACAAAACUGCCCCGAAUGCCACCACUCACAACAUGUAUUACAUCAAUGAUGGUGUUUAUGGAUCCUUCAAUUGCUUGCUCUAUGACCACCAAAUUGUUACGCCGAUGCCACUGAAGAGCGGUUGUGGCAAAAUGAUACCUUCAAGCAUUUGGGGACCGACCUGCGACGGUUUGGACCAGGUUGUGGAAAAUGUUCUCCUCCACGAAAUGGAACUUGGGGAGUGGAUCCUCUUUGAAAACAUGGGCGCUUACACUCUUCCAGUUGCUUCCAAUUUCAAUGGAUUUCCUGUACCCAAAGUUCAUAUCGUCGCCGAUGAACACAUCUGGCUUUAUCUGAAGGACGCAGUUCCGCUGACCGAGGACCACUUUGUGAUUGGCAACACUCCCGCAAAUUUGCGACUUGGACUUGACAUUGGUGGAACCGAUGUGGACGCUUGGAGAAAUCCCGAUGUGGACAUUUCCGCCAAGGAGAUGAUGAUGGAUGCGGCCAAUAAUUCGCCAACUUUUAUCUACGAUUAUGUUGAGGUUGAUCCUCUCAAAUAGCAGCAGACGGAAUUUGGCCGAUUUUUCAAUUUGACGAGCGACUCUGUUUUCCCACCCCACCCCACCCCACCCCACUCCAGACCCCUCUCCUACCCCAUUUCUCCUCACAAUCCUAAAACAAUCAUGCGAGGCUAAUUAAUUUUUAAAAUUAAAUUCUCAUUAAUUGAAUAUUGAAUCUUUACGAUUCCAAAACGAGAAGUCAAACGAAUUUUGGCUUUCUAGAAACAGAAAAAAAAAAAAACGAAAAAGAAAAAAAAAAUCAAUUGGUAAUUUAGUACUAUUGAUACGAACCGUAAUGUUUAUUAAUUUCGAGUCGUGAUUUAAUUAACUCGAAUUUUGUAGCAAGCUUUUGUCAAAGUUGAGCUUGUAGAAAAUGAAAAAAAAAAAAAAAAAAAAACAGAAUUGAUGUUUUGCAAGCUUCCACGAGGAAAGUUAAAUGAUCAUUAAUUAAAAAUACUAAUAUAUUUUAAAUAAUUUAAUUUAAAUUUAAAUAUAAUUUGAUUAAAAAAAUUAAUUAUUUUUCGAAUAUUUGUGCUCUUAAUUAAUGAUUAUUGUUGGGAUAAUUUCCCUGAACAAUAUUGAGUAUUAUACGAUUCAUUACACAGUUGAUUCGUUUUUUUUCUGAUUUGUCUUGGAUUGACGAAGAAUUGAUGAAAUAAGAAUGAUUCUAUUUUAUUUUGUAAUUUAUCUUUAGACACACAAUUUUCUGUAUUUCCUUUGUCAGUAUCUCUUUUUUUUUCUUUUUUCUCUUUUUUCUCUUUUUUUUUCUCUUUUUUUUUUUU